CAGGAAUGGUGCCACACUCACUGUGUCAGUUUGCUCAGUGAUCGUCGGGACUUAGCGUGUGUGUGUUAGUGCCCCUCUCAACACAGUGAUGUUAGUGAACGUUCAUCUCUGCUGUGAACAUUCAACUCAGCUGGUGAACAUUCAAGCCAGCUGGUGAACAUUCAAGCCAGCUGGAGAACAUUCAAGCCAGCUGGAGAACAUUCAAGCCAGCUGGAGAACAUUCAAGCCAGCUGGUGAACAUUCAAGCCAGCGGGUGAACAUUCAAGCCAGCUGGUGAACAUUCAAGCCAGCUGGUGAACAUUCAAGCCAGCUGGUGAACAUUCACGUUCACCUUCUCCCAGGUUAAUAACUUACAAGAGUGUUAUCAGAUCUCUGUUCCAGAGUUACCACUGCGAAAAUACAUCCGGUCCAUCUUACAGGUGUUCUGAGGGCAGCUGCAGCAGAAAACAUCUGUUUAUUUGGUUACUGAACCGAGGCCAUGAAAAAAGAGCAUCCUGUGUGUCGUGAGAUAUAAAAGAUGAGAGAGUUUCCCGAGAAGAUAAGAGGGUUGGAGACCUAAUCAUUAAACCAACAGAAAAUAAAUUUCUACCAUUUGGGAAUAACAUCACAGAGAGAACCUGGAAGCCAUGAUGCUCUUGGCCAAGUGUUCUUACACGUGCUACACCUGCUCAUCUAGCAGAAAAUACAUACCAAGAACAUAUUCAACUCUCAUGGGCGGCAUUCUGGUCCUGGAGAAACGUUUGGGAAAGUCCCCUUAUAUCUGCUACCCCUAUUCACUCAGCAGUAAACAAAAACGUACAUGUUAGUCUACUGUUGUGGGCUGCAUCCUGGGAAAGACGUUUUAAGGAUCUACGAGGAAUUAACCAACACUGUUUGCCUUCUUGCAAUAUCUGGUUAAUAAUAAUCCUCAAGGAGGAAAAACAGACGGAAGGAAUUCUGCUCUUUCAACCGGACAUGACAGGCGAGGCUUCAAGAGAUGUCCAGCAGGACCUGGAUACCAGCGAUAUCUCUGGCACUGGAAUGGCGGCGUGGGACGGAUUAGGAGUACAUGAUCCAGUAGACAAUACCAACAUUAUUCUAAAUGAUGUUGAAAUGACUGUAAAAAGCAACCAGGAGGGGCGAAAAAGUGGUGGGGAAACCGGGAAGAGUUCUCACGAAACCGGGAAAACUUCCCUGGAAGACACUUUGAAAAGUGAGGCCAAGGCUUUGAUGGGAAAUGUGGAGUGUGAUAACGAGGGUGAAGGAGGCGCGGCGCGAGUACCUGACGGAGGCUGGGGGUGGUUGGUAGUUUUUGGCAGUUUUAUCAUCACGUUGCUGGUGCCUCUACUGGGUCCUUGCUUCGGUGUACUCUUCUCCAGUUACCUGCUUGAGGCCGGGAGCUCGUCAGCUACUACAGCCUGGAUCUUCAACGUCCAGUGCUUCAUCUGGAACAUGAUGGGGCUUAUUGUCAGGCCGCUGGUGAAGGAGUUUGGCUGGAGGAAUAUUGCCUUCCAGGGAAUCCUCCUCACCUCAGCCUCUGUUAUCAUGUCCGCCUUCGCUCCCUCACCAGUGUUCUUGUUCUUCUCCUUUUCGUUACUCAGUGGACUAGGUGGAGGCUUGGCGGUGUGUAUGUCCUUCAUCCUGGUACCUAUGUACUUCGAUCGUAGACGAGGGCUUGCUAACGCUAUAAUGAUGGCUGGGGUGUGCACGGGGCAGAUCGUGGGUCCUCCCUUCGUGCGCCUGCUGCAGGAGCAGUACACUUACAAGGGCGCCACUCUCAUCCUGGGCGCCAUCAUGCUCAAUGGACUCGUGGGUGCUGCGUUUUACCAUCCAGUUGAAUGGCACAUGAAGCCAGCGAGGAACGAUCCCUUGUUGCCAAAAGUAAAUGUCAAUUCGUUAAACGACGGGGAUGUAGCAGAUGAAACCUCCAAGAAGUAUUUCUUGAUUGCUAACGGUGAGAAGGAACCAGGAUGGUCAGAAUCCUUGUGUCGUGUGAGAACAUUGAGAGAGGAUGGCACUUACCAAUCCAGUGAGUGCCUCAAGGCCUCACACACAGAGAGUGUGACGCUUUCAUUAUCCUCGUUGUGUAAACCAGCUCUCAGUGCCCCUGUGAGUCAGUCUGCGAAAGAAAGAGUAAGAAGAAACAGGAGUGAGCAAGUAGGGUUCGCAACACUCAUACUGUCAGUGGCUCGGAACACAAUUAAUAACUUGAAAAUCUUCCGCUCACCACGAGCAGUUAUAAUAUCCUUCGGGUGCACGUUCUUCCUUAAUGGUUACUACAACUUCUUAAUGAUGGUUCCCUUCGCUAUGCAAGCAAGUGGACGCACACUGCAGGACUCUGCGUGGUGCAUAUCAGUGUCAGGAGUCUGCCAUCUCGUAGCCAGGACGCUGAUCUCAGUACUCUCUGACUGGUCGAGGUUCAAUAUGAGACUUGCAUACAUGGCUGGCCUUGCUUCCACCGCCUUUACUAUUCUGGUGUUCCCACUCCUGCUGGAGUUUGAGUUACGCUGGCUGAUGGUCACCAUGGCAGUGUGGGGCUGUGGUAUAGGCACCACCAUGGGCCUCUACACCUUGGUCAUGAUAAAGUUUAUGGGUCUGGAGAAUCUGGGGGCAGUAUAUGGAGCUUCAAGUCUCACCGUGGGCUUCGGCUUUCUCUCCAUCGGUCCACUAAUAGAAUUGGAUGUAACAAAAGAUGAUCCUGAACUCUAUGCCCCAGUUAAUAUUGGGUUCCCAACUGUGAAGACAGACCGUAAGGAGCAGCUUGGCCAGCGCCUUCAACACAUCAGGGUGCUGAGAGAGAAUCCACUGAUAGAGAAAAAGUCUCGUAUUGGGACACUAGAGGCAGAUUUGGAGAAGGUUCAGGCAGUGUGGGAGACCUUCACUGGUCCUCACCAUAUUCGCACCUUGGCAGAGCAUUAUGGAAUCUUCCGCGACCUUUAUGGCAAUGCAUAUUUCAUACCUUCCGUCAUCCUCAAGAUAUUCUAUGACUUCGAUGAGGAGACGGUGACACCUGUCUACAGAGGAAAUACUGUUAAACCACGAGAGGCAGCCAAAGAGCCUAUGGUCGAGUUUCAAAGCCAGCCGGAUGACCUGUGGACGUUGAUUCUCACCAACCCUGAUGGCAAUUUGCUGGAAAAUGAGAUUGAGUGUCUUCAUUGGUUUAUAGGUAAUAUUAAAGGUGGAGAUAUUACUACAGGAGAAGUGAUAUGUGACUACUUGCAGCCCUUCCCACCAAGAGGCACUGGUUACCACCGCCUUGUCUUCGUAUUGUACAAGCAAGAUGGAUACAUGGACUAUUCCACCUAUAAAAAACAACAGCCCUGUUUGUCACUUAAGGAGCGAACCUUCUCAACACUGAGUUUCUACCGUGAGUUGCAGGACAAUAUCACUCCAGCAGGCUUGUCAUGGUUCCAGUCAGACUGGGACUCCUCACUCACUGACUUCUUCCACCAUACGCUGAAAAUGCGGGAGCCUGUUUAUGAGUAUGACUUCCCAAAACCAUAUCUUGCACCUCAGAAAUACUUUCCAUUGAGGAGGCAAUUCAACACGUACUUGGAUUUGCAUCGUGAUCCAAAGGAAAUUAAUAAGGAAAUUCUUCUGCAACGGCUAAAAAAUCUCAACCCACUGGAGCCCGAGCCUCCUGUUUUACCUUUCCCUGGUGCCCAGAGCAUCCCUAAAGAUCUAACUACGUGGGAGAGGCGGGACCUCAAGAGAAAGCGUCUGGGUGUCGGGAAAUAUCGCAAUCUCUUUAGAGGGUCCAAUAGACCUAAUAUUUAGAAAUGCUGGUCCCAUUGCACUUGUACAUCUGAAUAGCUUGCUCGUAAAUAAAUUGCAUAAAAUCAGAAGCUAAGUGUACAAUAAUUCCUGUUAGUGGUGGUGUUUAUUCAUCAGAAAAGAUCAUGAUUUCUCCCGGCAUAGGUCAGUCAGAUGAUGAACCAGCACUGGUUAAGCAUCCACUGGUGUACCAGUGCCAGGUUUCACAUCCCAUUUAUAAAAUACACAUGACCACUACAAGUGCCCCUUGACUUACAAUGGGGUUACAUUCCAACAAACGCAUCAUAAGUCAAAAAUAUGGUGUCACAUAUGAUUUUAUGAUAAAUAAAUAUCAUAUUUCGCAACUUAUAAGACACGGCUUAUAAACUUGUUUUAGUUUCAGUGGCUCGGCAUCGAACGUAACUGGGAGAGCUACAGCCCGCCCCACACCCUAAACUUAUAGCACCAGUCACUGACCUUCAAUUUAUAGGACACAGAGUGGUUUUUGGAGACACUUAUGCAUGCAAAAAAAUGCGUCUAAUAAGCCACGAAAUACAUUAAGUAAAUAAAUAACUGUCACUGAAUAAAUAAAUAAACAAGGACCGAGAGCGUGCUUGUUGAUGCAGUUAUUUCUGUUUUUUUUUUUUUUUUUUUUUUUUUUUUUUUUAUAGGGGUCACAGUAGCAGUGUGCAAUGUAGUCCAUCCCUUCCAGUAACUAUUAACAAGACAAUAUUAUCUGUUACAUGUCUUCUUUAUUUACAAAUUAUAUGUAAUAGCAGGAUAUACUGUCUACAUCGGUGGCUGAAGUGCCAGCAGUUUGUAUAUUGUGUAUUUUUAAAGUGGUAGAACCCAUAUUGGUAUAGCAUUUGUCUUUUAAUAAAUUAAUAAUGCAUU